AUCAACAAACAUCAGUGAAGGAACAUUUUUCUUACGCAUGAAGUUUAUUUUUGCAUUAACAAACAUCGAUUUGUCUUGAUAGUGUGCCUACUGUACUUUAAGAACAAUGUCUUAUCAAUUAUAUCGAAACACAACGUUAGGCAACACAUUACAGGAAAGUCUCGAUGAACUAAUUCAGUAUGGGCAAAUCACACCACAAUUAGCAAUUAAAGUACUAUUGCAAUUUGAUAAGGCCAUAAAUCAAGCACUUGCAACCAGAGUUAAAUCAAGACUUUCAUUUAAGGCUCAUAAAUUAAAUACAUAUAGAUUUUGUGAUAAUGUAUGGACAUUUAUGCUCAAUGAUGUUGAGUUUCGAGAAGUUCAAGAAGUUGCAAUAGUUGAUAAAGUCAAAAUCGUUGCCUGUGAUGGAAAAACACUGGAUGCAGAUGCAGCUACAAAACGAUAACAUCAAUUUCUUAUACAUCUAAAUAUAUUUGUCAUUAAUAAGAAAAUA